CCCUGAGGUGCGCACCGGCACCGAAAUCCGUGCCGGUUUAGCGGUUCUGCGACCGAAAGAGUCCAGGGAGAGCCACCGAGCGGUGCUGGCGUGUGGGAUCAUGCAGCAGACUUGUGGUUCGGAGCAGCAGCCCGCGAUGUCCUGGCCACUGUGAACCGUUUGGCCCGCGCCAACCUGCUCAGCCCAGACUGCCUCAACCUCUGUUACACUGCGCUCCACGGGAGGCCACCGGCACAGAACAGCAAGAGGGCGCCGGGAAGGCCUCCCCCCUCCAGCGGGGGACGCCGGGCUCAGCGUAGGGACACACACUCCGACUGACUGGCACUGGCUGCGAGGGAUGUCGCCCUGGCCGAGGUGGAAUGGACCCGCCAUGGCGCGGUUCUGGGGCUUAUGCUGGCUGGUUGUGGGUUUCUGGAGGGCCUCUCUUGCCUGCCCAGUGUCCUGCAAAUGCAGUGCCUCUCGGAUUUGGUGUACCGAGCCUUCUCCUGGCAUCGUGGCAUUUCCAAGGCUGGAACCUAACAGCGUUGACCCGGAGAACAUCACCGAAAUUUUCAUUGCAAAUCAGAAACGGUUAGAGAUCAUCAAUGAAGACGACGUUGGCGUUUACGUGGGGCUGAGAAACCUGACAAUUGUGGAUUCUGGAUUAAAAUUUGUGGCUUACAAAGCAUUUCUGAAGAACAGCAACCUGCAGCAUGUUAACUUCACAAGAAACAAGCUGACCAGUCUGUCCAGGAAGCAUUUCCGACACCUUGACCUGUCUGAUCUGGUCCUGGCGGGAAACCCCUUCACGUGUUCCUGUGACAUUAUGUGGAUCAAGGCCCUCCAAGAGACGAAAUCCAGCCCGGACACUCAGGAUUUGUACUGCCUCAACGACAGCAGCAAGAAUACCCCCCUGGCAAACCUGCAGAUACCCAAUUGUGGUCUGCCGUCUGCACGCCUGGCUGCCCCUAACCUUACCGUGGAAGAAGGAAGCUCUGUCACACUUUCCUGCAGUGUAGGGGGUGACCCACUCCCGACGCUGUCCUGGGAUGUUGGGAAUUUGGUUUCCAAACACAUGAAUGAAACGGGCCACACACAGGGCUCCCUAAGGAUAACGAACAUUUCAUCUGAUGACAGCGGGAAGCAAAUCUCUUGUGUGGCAGAAAACCUCGUAGGAGAAGAUCAAGAUUCCGUGAACCUCACUGUGCAUUUCGCACCGACUAUCACCUUUCUCGAAUCUCCAACCUCAGACCACCACUGGUGCAUUCCAUUCACUGUGAGAGGCAACCCCAAGCCAGCGCUUCAGUGGUUUUAUAACGGGGCAAUAUUGAACGAAUCCAAAUACAUCUGUACUAAAAUUCAUGUUACCAACCACACGGAGUACCAUGGCUGCCUCCAGCUGGAUAAUCCCACUCAUAUGAAUAAUGGAGACUACACUCUGAUGGCCAAGAACGAGUAUGGAAAAGACGAGAGACAGAUUUCUGCUCACUUCAUGGGCCGGCCUGGGAUUGAUUAUGAGACAAACCCAAAUUAUCCUGAAGACCUCUAUGAAGACUGGACAGCAGCAACCGACAUCGGGGACACUACGAACAAAAGCAACGAAAUCCCUUCCACAGAUGUUGCUGACCAAACCAAUCGGGAGCAUCUCUCGGUCUAUGCUGUGGUGGUGAUUGCGUCUGUGGUGGGAUUCUGUCUGCUGGUGAUGCUGCUUCUGCUCAAGUUGGCAAGGCAUUCCAAGUUUGGCAUGAAAGGCCCAGCUUCUGUCAUCAGCAACGACGAUGACUCAGCCAGCCCCCUCCACCACAUCUCCAACGGGAGCAAUACUCCAUCCUCUUCCGAGGGCGGUCCUGAUGCUGUCAUUAUUGGAAUGACCAAGAUUCCUGUUAUUGAAAACCCCCAGUAUUUUGGCAUCACCAACAGCCAGCUCAAGCCAGACACAUUUGUUCAGCACAUCAAGAGACACAACAUCGUGCUGAAGAGGGAGCUUGGUGAAGGAGCCUUUGGGAAAGUUUUCCUUGCGGAAUGCUAUAACCUCUGUCCUGAGCAGGAUAAGAUCUUGGUAGCUGUAAAGACACUGAAGGAUGCCAGUGACAAUGCCCGCAAGGACUUCCACCGUGAAGCCGAGCUGCUGACCAACCUCCAGCACGAGCACAUCGUCAAGUUCUACGGCGUCUGUGUGGAGGGCGACCCACUCAUCAUGGUCUUUGAGUACAUGAAGCAUGGAGACCUCAACAAGUUCCUUAGGGCACACGGGCCGGAUGCGGUGCUGAUGGCAGAGGGCAACCCGCCCACGGAGCUGACACAGUCUCAGAUGCUGCAUAUCGCACAGCAAAUUGCAGCAGGCAUGGUCUACCUGGCAUCCCAACACUUUGUGCACCGGGACCUGGCCACCCGGAACUGCCUGGUGGGGGAGAACCUGCUGGUGAAAAUUGGGGACUUCGGCAUGUCCCGGGACGUGUACAGCACCGACUACUAUAGGGUCGGUGGCCACACGAUGCUGCCUAUCCGCUGGAUGCCUCCAGAGAGCAUCAUGUACAGGAAAUUUACCACUGAGAGUGAUGUCUGGAGCCUGGGAGUCGUGUUGUGGGAGAUCUUCACCUACGGCAAGCAGCCCUGGUAUCAGCUAUCAAACAAUGAGGUGAUAGAAUGCAUCACCCAGGGCCGAGUCCUGCAGCGGCCUCGCACGUGCCCCCAGGAGGUGUACGAGCUGAUGCUGGGGUGCUGGCAACGGGAGCCACACAUGAGGAAGAACAUCAAGGGCAUCCACACGCUCCUCCAGAACUUGGCCAAGGCAUCUCCUGUCUACCUGGAUGUCCUAGGCUAGGCCCUGCUCCCCAGACCCGCCCUGCCCAACACACUCCUCAGACUGGCCGGCACGACCAACCUCUUAACUGCCGCUGGGUGUCACGACCUUGCUGUCCUUCGCUC